AUGUAAAACUUUUUAAAUUUAAAUAUAAUAUUAAUUUCAGAACUGGAAUGGAUGAUUGGCCAAGAUCUCAUAAUGGUCUAAAAAGCAAAUUUAAUAUUGAUGCAAGUAUGUGAGGUAGGUUCUUUGUUGAUUCAAUGUAAAAAUUAGCUCCAAUUUAUAUCAGUAAAAAAGCAAUCAAUUUGAUUAAACUGCUGAAAUGAUUAAAAAAUCUAUUAAUAAAUAUCAUUUUGAUUCAGAUGAUAAAAUCUUUAAAGAUGUAUUAAUUGAUGGAUCAUUUUCUCCUCAUCUAAGAUAUCCUAAUUUGUUUCCAAUUACUUUUGGAAUUAUUGAGCCUACUAAAUUGAUAUUUUAGAUGCAUACGUCAAUAUGA